AUGCAGAAGGCUGAGGAGGAGGAGCGCGAGGGCGGGCGGCGGUGGAUGACGGAAGCGCAGCGGCGGCGAAACGGGCGCCUGGCACACGGCGCGGUGCACCUCGCCGCCCCUCCCGUGCGGCACUACGACGAGGGCAACGGAAGUGUGUGGCGAACGACGACCAAAGUUCACACCGUCGUGCGAAGCGCGGCGGCCGACGCGUGCAUCACGCUCUGUCUGAGUCCGUUUCGCAGGCGGCAGCCGACCAUUGCGUUUCUGCCGCUCGACCGCCCGUGGGACGGCGACCCCCACAGCGGCGACACCGCCGCGUACGUUGAGCCGCCUCCGCUUGCCUGGCUGCCACCGCCGCACACGGGGGCGCAAACGGAGGUGCAGCGCGGAGGGGCGUACGCUGUGUUGGGCUUCACGAUGUCCGACAACGCGGUGCACUUUUCAAGUGUCAUGUGUGCGUUGGAGCGGGCCGGGUUUACGGAGGAGGUGAGUCUCCUGUCGACGUCGUGGUCCCUGAAGUGGUGCAAGCGCCCGGUGCGAAGCGACUUUGCGCGGCUGCUGCCGUUUCAGCGGGUCAACCACUUCCCCGGAACCUGGCGCAUCGGGAAGAAGGAUGAGCUGCACAAGCACCUCGUGGCUGCCCGGGGGCGCUGGUGUGACGAAAAGGGCGGGGGCUCCUUUGGGGACUUUUUCCCCGAAGGCUGGGUGCUGCCGGAGGAGCAGGAGGCCCUGACUCGGGUGCUGCGCUCAGGCAAGGAGCGCGGUCAGCUAUUUAUCGUUAAGCCCACAACCAGCGCCUGUGGACGCGGCAUUUAUCUCGUGAGGGGCAAUGAGCGCGCGCAGCCGCCAUCGCCGCUGCGUCAGCCGGACGGCUGCGGUGAGAGUGACACGCGUUCUCGACGGCUGCUUGUGCAGCGCUACGUCGCCGACCCACUGCUUGUGGAGGGCUAUAAGUUUGACCUGCGACUCUACGUGGUGGCGACCUCCUACGCCCCACUUCGGGCAUAUUUGUACGAAGAGGGGCUCGUGCGGUUUGCCACGUCGCCGUACCCCACGGCGGAGGCCGCGGACGCACCCCCCAGCGCCUCCCUCACCGCACACCUCACAAACUUUACCAUCAACAAGAAAUCCGAGGACUUUGUGCCGCCCGACGAGCCCGCUGCCAAGGAGGGCGGGAUGAGUGCCUCCAAGUGGACGCUCGCGGCGCUACAGAGGCACUUUUGCACGCGUGGUUUGGACUGGAACGCAACGAUGGCGCACGUGCAAGACCUUCUUGUGAAGACGCUGCUUGCGGUGGAACCGCACGUCAUAUUAGAGCAAGAGGCUAUCAGUGACACGGUGGGUGCCGGCUGCUUCGAAGUGUACGGGGUGGAUGUGCUGCUGCGACGCCCGCAUUCUUCGCACAACCCCGUGCCGAUGCCUGUGUUGAUGGAAGUAAACAUUAUGCCCUCCCUCAGUACGCACUACUCCUUGUUGGAUCAAUGCAUCAAGGGGAACUUUGUUGCGGACACGCUGACACUUGUUGGCCUCACCGCCGCGCGGGGGACGAAGCGGCGGGAAAACGCCGUCUUGACGCUUUCGCAAAUGCGGGAAGAGGAUAGGCUUACGUUUUCCUACGGGCAUCCAUUUCUUGAUGCCCUGACGGAUGCGACGGAGCUCGAGACGUGUCUGAUUGCGGAGGAGGAGUUUGUGCGGCGCAUGCACUUCCAACGACUCUGUCCAACCCCGUACUCCUACGCGCGGUAUCGCUCAUUGUUCACCCCGAGUACAAGCGGCUCCGCUCAUCGUUCGCUGAAUGAGGUGCUGAGUUUAUGGGAACAGGCGAAGUUGGAGGAUCCACCAGCGUACUAG